AUGGCGGACCCAAACAAUGUCUCGCAGUACAAGUACUCGGCCAUGUCCAACCUGGUCCUCCAGGUGGACAGGCGGUUUGUCUCGCGGGCAAAGGAUGAGAACACUGGAGACCCCGAAUCCCUGGCCGGCCGACUCAACAUCCGAGAUAUGGGUUCACGUGUGAGCAGAGAACAGGCUCCCAAGCAGAAAAAGGUGGCUCCCGGGUUGCAGGGAGUCGAAAGAGGCUCAAUCCGGGAAGGCGAAGAUGUCCUGGAACGAGAGCGUAAGAAGCGGAAGAGGGGCGAGCCUGCGCAGACUCGGGGGGCUGGCGUCCUGUCGGCCGGCGAUGCGCUGAUCGAAGGGCUCAAGUAUCGGCCCAGAACGCCAGCUACGCGGGCGACCUACGAUUUACUGCUUACCGUGACUGCAAAUGCAUUGGGCGAUGUUCCACAGGAAGUUGUCCGUAGUGCCGCCGAUGCCAUCCUCGAGUAUCUGAAAGACGAAAACCUCAAGGAUCUCGACAAGAAGAAGGAAAUCGACGUUAUUGUGGGUACCACCAUGACUCCAAAAGAGUUCAAUGAAUUGGUCAAUUUGGGCAAGAAGAUCACGGACUACGAUGCACAAGACGAGGAUGAGGACAUGGAAGACGCGAAUGCGAACGAGGCCGAACUCGAUGAGCGUCAAGGUGUCGCGGUUGUUUUCGAUGAAUCCGACGAGGACGAAGAUGGCGUUCGCAGAACAUAUGAAGUUCGAGAUGAGGAUGAAGCAUCCUCAGACGAGGAAGAAGACGUGCAGGAAGACCCCAACCUGGAGGAAGCUGCUGCGGCUGGUGGUGCUGGAGCUCCAGACGUGGAUCCUGACGAGGAUAUAGAAACUGAAAUGGUCAUUGAUGCCGGCAUCAGUGACUCGACUCGGCGGAAACGGGAGGAUAGCGAUUCGAUCCCGAUCCACGAAAUUGACGCGUAUUGGCUCCAGCGCCAGGUCGGGUCGGCCUACCCAGAUGCACAUAUCCAGCAGCAAAAGACCCAGGACGCCUUACGGAUCCUGUCCGGCAAGUCAACCGAGGGCGAAGAACUAUCACUCCGCGACGUCGAGAAUGACCUCAUGGAUUUGUUCGAUUACGAGCAUCCUGAGCUAGUGAGCAAGCUUGUCGCCAACCGAGAUAAGAUUGUGUGGGCAACCAGAUGGCGCAGAGUGGCUGACGACGAUGAUGCUCGGCAUUUGGUUGAAAGCGAAAUGGUCGAAGCGGGUCAUCGCAGCAUCCUCGACGAGCUGCUUGGGAAAACAGACCGAAGCACCGACGAUUCACGGCCCGCUAAAAAGAUGAAGCUAGACUUGAUGGACAUUGACAUCCCCAAGGCUCCUGAGGAAGAGCACAAGGAGAAAAAAGACGGCGUCCUGGCUGGUGGUCUUCAACCACAGCGUCUGAUCAAUCUUGACAACCUCGUCUUUGAGCAGGGAAACCAUCUAAUGACGAAUCCUAAAGUGGUACUCCCACAGGGCUCCACGAAACGCACCUUCAAAGGUUACGAAGAGAUUCAUGUUCCAGCGCCCAAGCCUAAGCGGGAGCCUGGCGAGAAGAACAUUCCAACUACUGAGCUUCCCGACUGGGCAAGGCAGGGCUUUGGUUCUGCCAAGGAGCUCAACCGGAUACAGUCCAAAUGCUAUCCGUCGGCAUUCCAUGACGAUGGUAAUAUGCUCAUUUGCGCUCCGACCGGUUCAGGGAAAACCAACGUUGCCAUGCUUACCAUGCUUCGUGAAAUCGGAAAACAUCGAAACCCGGAGACUGGCGAGAUCAUGCUGGAUGACUUCAAGAUCAUUUACAUCGCACCGUUAAAGGCCUUGGUGCAGGAGCAAGUCGGAAACUUCGGCAAAAGGCUCGAAUCAUAUGGCAUACGUGUUGCUGAACUCACCGGUGACCGACAGCUCACGAAACAGCAGAUCGCUGACACCCAAGUCAUUGUCACGACACCAGAGAAGUGGGAUGUCAUUACGCGAAAGGCCACUGAUUUGAGCUAUACCAGGCUCGUCCGUCUCAUAAUCAUAGACGAGAUCCAUCUGCUGCACGACGAUCGAGGGCCUGUUUUGGAAAGUAUUGUCAGCCGUACCAUCAGGAAGAUCGAACAAACAGGUGAUCCUGUGAGAAUCGUAGGACUGAGUGCCACUCUCCCCAAUUACCGAGACGUCGCAACUUUCCUCCGAGUGGACCCGGAGAAGGGUCUCUUCCACUUCGAUGGCUCGUACAGGCCAUGUCCUCUUCGACAGGAGUUCAUUGGUGUCACCGAGAAGAAAGCCAUCAAGAUGCUGAAGACCAUGAAUGACGUCUGUUAUGCCAAAGUCAUUGAGCACGUGGGUACAAACCAGCAGCAGAUGUUGAUCUUCGUCCACUCUCGCAAGGAGACCGCCAAAACAGCCAAAUACAUCCGAGACAAAGCAGUUGAGUUGGAGACGAUCGGCCAGAUCAUGAGAACGGAUGCCGCAAGCCGGACUGUACUGCAGGAGGAAGCGGAAGCUGUCCACGAUGCCAACCUGAAAGACAUCUUGCCGUACGGUUUUGGCAUCCAUCAUGCCGGCAUGGGCGUCGCUGACCGUACAUCCGUACAAGACCUGUUCGCCGAUGGCUAUCUCAGAGUGUUGGUUUGCACGGCCACGCUGGCUUGGGGUGUCAACUUGCCCGCCCACACGGUCGUUAUCAAGGGCACUCAAGUGUACUCUCCUGAGAAAGGUAGCUGGGUCGAGCUCAGCCCUCAAGAUGUGCUUCAAAUGCUGGGGCGUGCAGGCAGGCCGCAGUUCGAUUCAUAUGGAGAAGGUAUUAUCAUAACUUCUCAAUCUGAGAUACAGUACUACUUGUCGUUGAUGAACCAACAGUUGCCCAUUGAAAGUCAAUUGAUGGGCAAGCUCGCCGAUAAUCUCAAUGCAGAAAUUGUCUUGGGCAAUAUCCGGAGCAGAGAUGAGGGUGUGGAAUGGCUUGGUUACACCUAUCUAUUUGUCCGCAUGAUUCGGUCACCAGGCCUGUACAGUGUGGGGGCAGACUACAGCAACGACGAAAACCUCGAGCAGAAACGGGUCGAUCUCAUUCAUUCGGCCGCUACUGUGCUUGAGAAGGCUGGCCUGGUCAAAUAUGACAGGAAGACAGGCAAGCUGCAGGCCACUGACCUUGGCCGCAUAGCCUCGCACUACUAUGUUACCCAUAACUCAAUGUCAACCUACAAUCACCAUCUCCAGCCGUCCAUCAGCACCAUCGAGCUCUUCCGGAUCUUUGCGCUCAGUGACGAGUUCAAGUAUAUCCCUGUUCGACAAGAUGAGAAGCUAGAACUUGCCAAGCUCUUGGGUAGAGUACCCAUCCCAGUGAAAGAAGGCAUGGAUGAGCCACAAGCAAAGAUCAAUGUCCUUCUGCAGGCGUUCAUCUCUCGGCUGAAACUCGAAGGACUCGCCCUCAUGGCAGAUCUAGUCUAUGUCACACAGUCAGCCGGUCGUAUCCUGAGAGCUAUCUUUGAGAUUUGCCUCAAGAAAGGUUGGUCGUCUGUCGCAAAGACUGCACUCGACCUGUGCAAAAUGGCCGAGAAACGCAUGUGGCCAACCAUGACCCCCUUGAGACAAUUCCCAAUGUGUCCGCGGGAAUAUAUUCAAAAGGCGGAAAGAAUGGAGGUACCUUGGUCUAGCUACUUCGAUCUCGAUCCGCCGCGGAUGGGCGAGCUCCUGGGCAUACCUAAAGCUGGACGAGUCGUCUGUGAUCUAGUUUCCAAAUUCCCUCGAUUGGAAGUUCAAGCCCAGGUCCAGCCCAUCACGAGAUCAAUGCUUCACGUUGAGCUCACCAUCACACCCAACUUCGUCUGGGAUGAUGCUCUCCACGGUGUGGCCGAAUCAUUCUGGAUUGUGGUUGAGGACUGUGAUGGCGAGGAAUUGCUGUAUCAUGACCAAUUCAUCUUACGGCGCGAGUACGCCGUGGGUGAUAUGACGGAGCACUUGGUCGACUUUACCGUUCCGAUCAGCGAGCCUAUUCCCCCCAACUACUUUAUUUCCUUGCUCUCCGACCGCUGGAUGCAUUCCGAGACCCGGAUUCCAGUGUCGUUUCAAAAGCUGAUCCUGCCGGAACGAUUCCCGCCUCACACUCAACUGUUGGAUCUGCAGCCCGUGCCUGUGCAGGCGCUGAAGGUCAAAGAGUAUGUUGAUCUCUAUCCAAACUGGGAUCGGUUCAACAAAAUCCAGACUCAAGUUUUCAAGUCGUUGUAUGACAGCAAUGACUGUGUUUUCGUUGGCGCCCCAACCGGAAGUGGCAAGACGGUCUGUGCCGAGUUUGCCCUGCUACGACACUGGAAGAAUCCUGAAGCUGGAAAAGCAGUCUAUGUUGCGCCUUUUCAGGAAUUGGUUGACAGCCGUCUUGCGGAUUGGCAACAACGUCUCAGUCACCUUGUUGGUGGCAAGACUAUAUCGAGCCUGACCGGCGAGAUCACUGCCGAUCUUCGAAUUUUGGACCGGUCCGACCUGGUGCUGGCCACGCCUACUCAAUGGGAUGUCCUAUCUCGCCAAUGGCAGCGCCGGAAAAACGUGCAGAACGUUGAAUUGUUUAUUGCCGACGAGCUCCACAUGCUCGGCGGCGAGAACGGUGCUGUUUACGAGGUGGUUGUUGCCAGAAUGCAGUAUAUACACAUCCAACUCGAAAACAACAUGCGUAUUAUAGGGCUGAGUGUACCGCUCUCUAAUGCCAGAGAUGUGGGCGAAUGGAUCGGAGCCAACAAGCACACCAUCUACAAUUUCAGUCCAGCGGCGCGGCCUGUCGGGCUGGAAUUGCACAUCCAGUCAUUCAGCAUUCCUCAUUUCCCAUCUUUGAUGAUGGCAAUGGCUCGGCCAGCAUAUCAAGCCGUCCUGCAAUUGUCACCGGACAAGCCAGCGAUUAUCUUCGUUCCCAACAGGAAGCAAGUCCGGUCGACGGCGCUCGAUCUCCUGCAGGCUUGCAUCAUGGACGAUGAUGACGAGCGAUUCCUUCACACCAACGUCGAAGAGCUGGCGCCGUUCCUGGAGCGCAUCAAUGAGCGCGCACUUGCUGAAUCGUUAACACAUGGCAUUGGUUACUAUCACGAAGCACUGACGACGAGCGACAAAAAGAUUGUGGCCCAUUUGUUCAAGAUCGGAGCAAUCCAGGUCAUGCUUGCUUCACGCGAUGUCUGCUGGGAACUGCCUGUGACCGCACACUUGGUGGUGAUUAUGGGCACUCAGUAUUUUGUGGGCCGUGAACAUCGCUAUGUGGACUAUCAAAUCAGUGAGGUCUUGCAGAUGUUCGGCCGAGCUACACGACCAGGAGAGGACAAGCUUGGGAAAGGUGUGCUCAUGGUGCCCGCAGUGAAGCGCGAGUACUACAAAAAAUUCCUUAAUGAAGCCUUACCCAUCGAAAGCCAUCUCCAACUCUGGCUGCACGACGCCUUCGUGACGGAAAUCAGUACCAAAACAAUCACCUCGACCCAGGACGCUGUGGACUGGACCACGUACACAUACUUCUACCGUCGACUCCUGGCCAACCCCAGCUUUUACGGCUUGAACGACACCUCCCACGAAGGACUGAGCACGUUCUUGUCGGAACUGGUGGAGAACACGCUGAAAGAGCUUGCCGAGGCCAAGAUUAUUGACUUGGACGAGGAAGACGAUUCGGUUUCGCCCUUGAACCCGGCCAUGAUCGCGGCAUACUACAACAUCUCGUUCAUCACGAUGCAGACCUUUUUGCUGUCGUUGACCGGCCGCACGAAGCUGAAGGGGAUGCUGGAAAUCGUCACCUCGGCCACCGAGUUCGAAGACAUCCAGAUGCGCCGCCACGAAGACCACAUCCUACGUCGGAUCUACGACCGGGUCCCCGUCAAGAUGUCAGAACCGGUCUACGACUCGCCGCACUUCAAAGCCAUGGUCUUGUUGCAGGCCCAUUUCUCACGCAUGCAAUUGCCCAUCGACCUGGCCAAGGACCAAGAAGUGAUCCUCAGUAAAGUCCUCAGUCUGCUAUCUGCCUGUGUUGACGUGUUGAGCUCCGAGGGCCACUUAAACGCCAUCAACGCCAUGGAAAUGUCCCAGAUGGUCGUGCAGGCCAUGUGGGACCGCGACAGCCCACUCUUGCAAAUCCCGCACUUCGACACCAAAAUCGUCGAGAUUCUCGCCAAAUUCGGCAUCAAGGACAUUGACGAUUUCAUGGGUGCCAUGGACCCCUCGGAGAACCCGGACCAGCCUAAACUCGUCGCUGCAAUGGGCUUGUCGAACCGCCAGCUCGUCGAGGCCGCAAACUUCACAAACAACAAGUAUCCCAGUCUCGAACUUGAAUUUGAUGUCGUCGACAAGGAUGCCGUUACUGCGGGUCAGCCAUCGUACCUCCAGGUCCGUGUGUCGCGCGAAGUUGAUGACGAGGAUGCUGAGGUAGACUUGACUGUCCAUGCGCCGUUUUUCCCCGUCCGCAAGCUCGAGAACUGGUGGCUCGUCGUGGCCGAGGAAAAGACAAAGUCCCUCUUGGCCAUCAAGCGCGUCACCAUUGGCAAGACUCUCGCUACGAAACUCGAGUAUGUUGUCCCCACACCAGGCAAGAAAGACCUCACUUUGUUCCUCAUGUGCGACUCGUACGUCGGCGUCGAUCAGAGCAUGGCUUUUGCCGUCGACGUUGCCGAGGGAAUGGAUGAGGAUGAAGAGGAAGGCGAAGAAAAUGCGCAGGAUGGAGAGUAG